AUGUCCCAGGAGGAUAUUUGCAUGUCGGAACCCGGAUCACAGGCCACACCGCCCCCGAGCAGCAUAGGAUCACCAGCGCCGUACGAAAGUGACUUAGAUUUGCCCGGGACAUUCCCAACGAUGCAGCGGAUCGCUGCGCCUUUCCUAACUCCGGAGGUCCCAGAGAUCGUGGCAACCCAGCCUGCGAUUGAGUCUUCUGGAUCAGACCCCAUGCCGACGACGGACACCACGGGUUCAACGACAGACGAGACCACGCCGCGAGCAGGGAGUAUGCAUAUGUCGCUGCCCUCUGAAUCAGCUCCUGCGGUGGAGUCGUCGGCGAUGGAUACGAGCACGGAUCUGACUAUGGGCGAGGUGCUGUCGCAUAUUGCAUCAGCCACGCAGAAGCUCAUACCGUUUGUAGAUCAUACCUUGAAUAGGAUGCACUCUGGCAUUAUGCAAUACCGGCGUUUCCACCACUGGAACCAACGCAGGAACUAUGACGAUGGCAACGAGUAA